AUGGCACGCACCAAGCAGACAGCACGCAAGUCGACCGGCGGCAAGGCGCCCCGCAAGCAGCUCGCCACCAAGGCGGCGCGCAAGUCGGCCCCCGCCACCGGCGGCGUCAAGAAGCCGCACCGCUACCGCCCGGGCACCGUCGCGCUCCGCGAGAUCCGCCGCUACCAGAAGUCGACGGAGCUCCUGAUCCGCAAGCUGCCCUUCCAGCGCCUGGUGCGCGAGAUCGCGCAGGACUUCAAGACCGACCUGCGCUUCCAGUCGUCGGCCGUCGUCGCGCUCCAGGAGGCGUCCGAGGCCUACCUCGUCGGCCUCUUCGAGGACACCAACCUGUGCGCCAUCCACGCCAAGCGCGUCACCAUCAUGCCCAAGGACAUCCAGCUGGCCCGCCGCAUCCGCGGAGAGCGCGCGUAAACGACUUCACCCAUUCCCCGGUGUUUCUAAACACCACCCUUGCUUGUGCCUUGUGGCUUGU